AUGAGCGAUGCGGUGAGCGACGCUGUGCGAUGGUGCGCGAACGCGGGCGACAUGGAGUGCGCGCUGUUUCUGAUGUCGCGAAUGAAGCAACGCGGCGUGCGACUGAGCGACGCCUGUCUCGAUCUCUUCUUCUGCCCCGGCGACGCUCCCCACUGCCCCUCUUCGCCGCCCUCUUCGCCGCCCUCUUCGCCGCCCUCUUCCCGCUCCCCGCCUCGCCUGCCGCCUGCUCCUGCCUCGCCCCCAUCCCAUUCCACCCACCCCUCCUCUCCGCCCCAGUCCUGCUCGCUUUCCCCCUCAUCCCCCUCCUCCGCCUCUCCCCUCUCUGCUCCCUCCAACUCCCCCACUUCCGCCUACCCAUCUCCCUCUCCGUCCCCCGCCUGCCCCUCCCCCUCCCACUCCUCCGCCUGUCUCUCCCCCGUGCACCCGUCCAAGUGGCGGAGGCAGCAGCAGCGCAGGAGGCACACCAUCCUCCUUCACCCGCCCACGCCGCACUCCCUCUGCCACUCCCACCUCGUUCGCGCGCCUCCCCCGCCCCCUGCUCCCUGCCGCACUGCUGCUGCUGCUCACAAGGGCGGUGCUAUUGGGGCGGCGCAUGACAGCCAAUUGCACGCUGCCACGUCUGAGUGUACCAAGAGCGUCAACUCGCUGGCCUCUCACCUUGUGCCCCUCUUUGCACGCCUGCAAGUGCUCAAUCUGCGGCGCUGUCCAUCUCUAAGGGAUGCCACGCUGGCAACCAUCGCCUCCAGCUCACCCAUGCUGACGUGUCUGCUCCUCAGUGGCUCCCCACUCAUCACCGACACGUCACUGCACGCACUCGCCUCCCACUGCCCCUCGCUGCAGGUGUUGGAUCUGAGUGCGUGCAGCGCCAUCUCCCCCGCGGGCAUUACAGCACUGGCAGAACACUGCACGCAGCUGAGAGAGCUCUCCCUCUGUGGCUGCCGCCAUGCCGCAACCGACCAUGGUCUCCUGUGCGUGUGCUCUGUUUGUUGCAGCUGUGCAAACGCUAUUUAG